UCUCGGGUGCCGGGAGCUGCGGGGCGGUGACGGGAAGGGACCUUUUGGCUCCCGGCUGGGGCGUGAUACAGCCUUAGGAAAUGCUCGUUUACGUUUCACUCCUUAUCCACUAUGUGUUUGUAGUUGCGAGCUUAAUUCGUCCCGUUCUUUGUACCAAGUGAUGCAUUUAAUGCCCCAGUGACAGCGUUGGUCAGCCUGCAGGAAUGUAGUUACGAGAGAACCUUUAACAAGAUGUAUUUUAUUUGCAGUUAUGCUGACUUGUUUUAUUUUGGGGGGUGGGGGAAAUGGGUUACAUUUGUAGCUGAAGAAGCAAAUUGAUCUACAUGUACUUCACUGUCCUUUGGAAGAAUGACAGAUGACAAAGAUGUACUUCGAGAUGUGUGGUUUGGGCGAAUACCGACCUGUUUCACUCUGUAUCAGGAUGAGAUAACUGAGAGGGAAGCUGAACCCUACUAUUUGCUUUUGCCAAGGAUAAGCUACUUGACACUGGUAACAGACAAAGUGAAGAAACACUUUCAGAAAGUUAUGAGACAAGAGGAAGUUAGUGAAAUAUGGUUUGAAUACGAAGGUACACCACUGAAAUGGCAUUACCCAAUUGGUUUACUCUUUGAUCUCCAUGCAUCAAAUACAGCCCUUCCCUGGAGCAUCACAGUGCAUUUCAAGAAUUUUCCAGAAAAGGAUCUUCUACACUGCCAUUCUAAGGAUGUGAUUGAAGCUCAUUUUAUGGCAUGUAUAAAAGAAGCAGAUGCUUUAAAGCACAAAAGUCAAGUCAUCAAUGAAAUGCAAAAAAAGGAUCAUAAGCAGUUGUGGAUGGGAUUACAGAAUGAUAAAUUUGAGCAGUUUUGGGCAAUAAAUCGAAAACUGAUGGAGUAUCCAGCAGAAGACAAUGGAUUUCGAUACAUCCCAUUUAGAAUUUAUCAGGCAACAACAGAGAGACCUUUUAUACAGAAGCUGUUUCGACCAAUUGCUUCAGGAGGACAGCUGCAUACUUUGGGAGACCUGCUAAAAGAUGUGUGUCCUAGUGCUAUCACCCCUGAAGAUGGAGAGCAGAAGACUCAAGUGAUGAUUCAUGGAAUUGAGCCAAUGCUGGAAACACCCAUUCAGUGGCUAAGCGAACAUAUGAGCUAUCCAGAUAAUUUUCUCCACAUUAGUAUCAUUCCCCGACCUACAGAUUGAAACUCAGCUAUAUUCCUAUGAGGAUCAUUCUCAAGCUGGAAUUCUAAGGGCAUGUCAACUUCUUGCUUCUGUCACUCUUGACAGAGGCAGCCUGACCAGAAAAAAAGAAACCAACAAAAAGCCGAAACAAAACAAGAAGUCCUCACUGCUGUAAG